AUGGCAGCGCCAACAAUGACAAGGUUGUCACCGGAUUGGGCGCCACCAAUGGGUGGAACAACAUUCAAGGUGAUAGGCACAGGCUUUGAACCACACAACAUCAUCCUUGCCCAGAUAGACACGGUGGCAACAACAUGUACUUACAAUAGUGCCACUGAGCUGACAUGCAAAGCACCUGAGAGCGUACGAGGUGCAGCGACCAAUCUCCCCUUCCAACUCGAGAUUGACAACCAAGUCGUUUCUCAAUCCAACAUUAAGUUCCGAUACGUCUCCCCGAUCGUCCAUGAGUUUGAUGAACAGUAUGUCACUCCAGGCCAGAGGUUCACAGUGAUUGGCGAAUACUUCUUUGGGCUUCCACCAAUUAAUGGACUGAUCAUUGGAACGUUUGGGACCACGCCAUUAAUCGAGUUCAGAUGUGUGUUUGAAUCGGUCAAUACGAUUGUCUGUACCAUGCCUGCUACCUUUGGCUUCAAGCUCAACAAGUUCUAUUUGGCCGAUCUGGUACCCAACAUGCUCGUCUUCUAUGUGGAGACUGCUCGCAUUCAACCAACUGCCAAGAUUGCCCUGUUCAAACCAUUUAUUACUCAGAUUCGCAAGAGUAAUGCUGUUGGUCAAACGAGGGAGGUUAGAUUCAUUGGUCCAAUGCUCCCAAAGAAUGAGAUAGCUGAUCUCAGUCGGUUCCAGGUCUUUAUGCAAUCUGGAAACACAAUUCCAUGUACCCAUAUUAUGAUUGAGGAUGAUCAAAAAGCAAAUAAUAUGCUUACCUGUACCUUUGAGUUCCCUCCCAACACCAUCUUCCCCGUCAUCCUAAAGCCCAUAGUAUUGCUCAACGGCCAGCCAUUGCCGAUUGGUCAACAAAAUACUGAUGGAUUCAUACCUUUACCAAACAAUGAACAAUUGACUUUGAGAUAUGAAGCAUUGGACAUCAAGAUUGAACCAUCGUCACAGUGGCAGGGACAGGAUAUAGCAAUCUCUGUUGCAGACAUUAAUUCGAUUGGCCAUUUCAAGGUUGGUGCCAGUCCUUGGUUUAGUCUCAAACCAAAUAUGAUAAAAAAUGGAAAGAUCUACAUCACAAUGCCUACCACUACCUUCCCCUACAUCGACUUCCAACUCAGAUACAAGGCACCUCCUCAAGCUGAGACCAACAUUGUCCGUGUACCCGUCCUCAACACUCAGUUGACAUUGUCACAUACCCAGGGCUUGGCAAGUGGUGGAUACACUGUCACUGCGACCUUUGGCAGCAUGCCCGGUCCACAGGAUUUAGCCAUCAAGUAUUAUAUUGAUGACAAAGACACAGACUCUGUUAAUCUAUUUAUGACUCGCAACUCAGCUACAUCAAACGUGUACACAAUACCUGCUGCCAAUGACUUUGAUUUCAAAGGUCGCGCAUCAGCCCAGUACAAAGUCUUCAUACGCUACAACAGCCAGUUGUUUGAAUCCAGUGCCACAUUCGCCUACACUUGGCCUUGGAUUGGACAAGCAUUGCCAGCCAAUCCCCUGACCUUGGCCAACUUUGAGCUUGUUGGCACAGGGUUCACAUCGACAUCACUCGUUGUGAUCACGUACAAUUGGAGAGGUGCGAUUCAGACCAUCAGGCCUCCAUUCAUCCUCAACAGCGACACAUCCAUCAUGGUGACCACGCCCGAGUUCAACACUGAUGAGCUAGACAGUGUCCGAAUCGAGGUUGUUUUGGACAAUGGCAUCAAGUCCAACCAGUGGUUGGUGCCCUACGUCUCGCCACAAGUGAUGGCCAUCUCACCAGAGUAUGGACGAGCCCAAUCAUCCAUGCCUGUCACCAUCUAUGGCUUUGGCUUUGGCACCACAACAGCAGGUCUCACAGUCGAGUUGACUACGGCCACAACAAUCCCACCAACCAUCAUCCCUUGCGCUGUACUCAAUGUCGCGGCUAAUACAAACAACAACAUUCGUGGCAAUCAGAUGAUCACUUGCAUCAAGCCAGCGACAAAUGUCCAGGCUCAAUUCAAUGUGUUGGUCACACGCAACACAUUCCCAAGUCGCGAGACGGUGACGUUCAAGACUCACGGCCUCACAUGCCUGGGCUACAAGGGCAAGCCCGUCGACUGGUUCCUCGUCAAGAAGCUUGGCUCCAGGUCUGGCGAUCCCAAAAAGAAAGAUGAUAUGUACAAUGGUCACUUCUAUGUGGACAGCACAAUGGCGUUGGGCGACCAGAUCAUUCUCCCAGAGCGAUACGACGCCCGCGAUGGUGGCAUCGCCCAGACCUUCAUGCAACACCACAACUACCCCUACAUCUUCUUCAGCGAUCAACAGAGGAAGAGGGAUACCCCCUCAGCAACAGGCACGCAUAAAAUCGAUACACCUGAUAACGGACAUGUCAAGGGCGGUCUGAUGUGGGAUGUCUCCGGUGGAGUAGUUACCGACUCCAUCCACAUGAUGCACUCACAGUCUUCCUUCCCCAUGCUCAUUUCAGACGAUGGCACAGCCAUCCCGCCGCGGUCCACAUACGCCACGCCCGACAACACCCCGAACACUCUUGAAUGGUUUGGUGAAUCCAUGGUCGUUGGCAACUACUUCUUCUGCUACCGUCCCAACGAUAUUAAUGACGCCGCGCAGUACUUCCUCAACACCGACGCCAUCUCCGCGAGAUAUCCUGGCUCCCACCCGUUCCAAACCACCUGGUUACCUUCUGCGCCCCCCUCUGCCCUGAGUCACUUGCUCACAUCAGUGACAAGCCAUACCGUCACACGCUAUGGAGUCACAAAGAUGAACGAGAUCAGCGCGGGGUGCCUGGCCAACUCGUGGCGGACCGACCUGAACAACUACUGCUACUUCUCACGAACGGUCUUCAACAACAACCUUGGCACAACAACGACAUAUUUCUCCAAGACAAGAAUCAACUACGUUAUCAACACAGCUAUUACCACGCCUGCCACACUCUUGCCACAGUCUCUCUACUCUCGUUUCGUCAUCAUGACCAACAAGAAUACGGUCUCCACUGGCACGCAUGCACCAAAAAGCGAUGACACCCGAUUUGGCGGUAUCGACAUCUGGGAGGUGAUGGCCAACAGCUUGGGCCGAACAAUGUUUGUGCAGACCUGGAUCAAGCUGCAGGGCUCAAGACGUAUGCUUGGCGCCAAUGGCAUCAUCAACGUCGAGAUCAUUGGGAUUCCAGAUCGCGCAAGGAUAUCUGGCGACACGAAUAUCAAGCUGAGCACUGGACAACAGGAUCACACAAAGAUGGCAUGGAGCGCAUUCCCCGCGGACAAUGGGCCAAAGGUUGGUCAAGACAACAUGUUCUGUUUUGGCGACUCCAACAGACACAACAAACAAGGUAGACGUGGUGCUGGCGCCUUCUGUUUCCAGAACGAAAUGCUCGUCAAGAUGUUCCACAGCUUCGUCCUCACCUACACCUCCUUUGUGGAUUAUAAUGAGAUACCUGAUCAGUUACCAAUGGUCUCCACCAAUAUGAACAAUGCUAUUCAAUUUAUGGAUGGCGGUGCACCUGUCCAGAUGAGGUUGCCCGGUGGAGCAUUGACGCCUAUCUAUAUCACAAACAGGAAUCCGACCAAGACCAAUACCGUGGACCACUACAGACCCGGUGAAGUGAUCAACUACGUGUCGGGCGGCCCACACACCAGGACUGUGCCCACACCAGUUCUAUGCCCAAACAAUGUGGCACCGCCACUACUCAACAACGACCCUGAAUGCUCCCUUCUCAUCACUCAUGGUGGCCACGCCAUUGGCGUUGACAACCUGCCCAUCAAGAUCAGAGCCCCAUACAUUGCCAUGCUGCCGCCCAACAAGAUCCCCAUGUCAACCAACAUCAACAGCAUCCCUGGCAGCGAGGUCGUCUUUUCCCAUUUGGAGAGUGCCAACCCCUUCAUCCAGGGAAAGUUCGGUAUCCAACUUGGCCUGGAACUGGCCAACUAUGUCGUCUACUAUUGCGAUGACCCAGCACCAAUCACCGCGAUCCAGUGCCAGCGAGCCGGAUUCAAUCUGUUGACGACGGACAAAACCAUCGCACUUCGCUUCUUCCGCACAAUGCCAGCAACAAACGAGAUCGUGUUGCCCGAGUUGACGGUCUACCCGCUCGACUAUCAGAUGCCACCCCCGCCUGUGACCUACCCGGCAGCCGUGGGCACAUUCAAGUCUCUUCAGCCGUUCUACAAGCUGGGCCAUGGCUUUGCCUACAUCGCCUACGAGGGCACUGAGGACAAGGCAGCGAUCUGCGCCAACCCGCCAUGCACGUUGGACAACUCAUAUGUGUCCGAGACAAGAUUGAUCUACCUCUGCUACAAGGUGGCAUCAAUGUCCAGCGCGCCAGGCAUCAAGGUAUUCGAUGGCUUGACAAUCGACAAAUGUCCGGGCAACAACAACAAUGACAAGUCGUUGCCGACUGAGGCCGCGAUCAUCAAGUUCAUCGGCAGGAUCAGGAGAUAUGUCAUCGCCGAUAACAGGAUGAAGAAGCUCUUCCCUGCGUCAGUGCUGCCGCCAGUGAUCAGUGUUCGAGAAGACCCCAUGGCCAACAACAGAUAUAGCUCGCCCAACAUUGUCCUCCAGAAACUCAACGUGUUGUGUCAAGAUGAGUUGGCCUACCUCAUGGCGCUGCACUUGGUAGACCUCCACACCGCGUACAAGAUGGUACAUCCGUUCGUACAUUUGGACUCGACCACACCCGAUUGGACUAAUGGUGUUGCACUGGCCAUCUCCAAGAUACUCCUGGAGUUCGUUAAUCCCCCAGUGCACCCAUCACACAAAGGAAAAGUUGACACAUGCUUCCAACCAACCAUCACCAUUCAAUCAUACAAUGACAAUGACGUUGCUACUCUUCCAACAUAUGUUCGUGUUGCUAUGGCGGUAUACAAGUUGGCACAGUCCGGACUAGUCAAGUCUCCAAUGGACUUCUUAAAUCAUUUCUUCCCAAUUCUUCAUAGUCGCAACUCACUCCAGAUCAAGACACCCCACGAUCUCUUUGGAGAUAUACCAUUGACACUAGAACUCAACAAAAUAAUCUACACUCUCAACAACAACAACAACAAUCUCCUCAUGUCCAAGUCCAAUCUCCGUAGUCUGGCAUCAUCGGCACUCAAGUCCAUCGGCACAUCACUACCAAUAGAGCCAAUAACCGACACAUUCAAUCAAGAUGGCCAACCAACAAUCGAUGAACUGGCCGAUGAAGACACACUCUCAGACCAUUACAUGUCAAUUACCGCGUUGAAUGAUCAAGAGUAUGCCGAAUUGGCCAUCAGUUUGGACAAGUGGGUAACGAUCAAACAGAAGAAUAUGGCCAUGGAAGUGUUGUUGUCCACCGAGGAGUUGACCGCCACAUACCAAUAUGCACUCACAUACCUCGAUCAUGUCGCUUCCAUCGAGCUCAGCUCAGCCUAUCCAUUGUGUGAGCAGAUUGCUGAUGACGGAACCAGCACGUACCAGGUGUGCUACCCUCAGACCAUCAGCUCACUCACGUCAAUCAUUGAGUUCAUCAUUCGCUCGCCAUCAACUGUGACUCAGACACAUGGUGAUAUGGUCUACUACUUCUCGCCAAAGGCCGACCAGACACUGCCAGCACUGUUGCCAACUCAAUAUGAUGGCUUGGUGAUCGCCACACUCAACUCAAAGAUCUGUGAUGUGUUGCCAAUCAGUAAUGUCAACUUCCAAGGACUGGCCACAGCAACAUCAGAAUCAUUGUGUGAACAAGCUGGCCCUAUCAUCAGCUCAGUUUCAAAACAAACAGGAUCAAGUGUUGGUGGCCAGAAGAUCACAAUUUAUGGCACAUCAUUCAAUGCGGAUCAUGUUGUAGCAAUUGGAGAGACAUUGUGCAGUCAAACAACAUACUUGGUCUUGUCCUCUGGUGAUCGCGCACUUGAAUGUACCGUUCCACCUGGUGUGGGCUCACACCAUCAGGUGUAUAUCGUCACUGCAGAUGGAUCAUACGUCCAAGACAGUGUGUUCCUCUUCUCAUACGACUCGCCGUCAAUCUCCUCGGUGUCCUAUGCUUCUGGACUCACACACAUCGUUGGCAAGAACUUUGGAAAUCCAACCAUCAUCUCUGCCGACACUGACUACGCCAUCGACGUGUCAUUGGACGGUGUUGACUGUCCCAUCACUCAGUUUGAUGACUCCAACAUUGCUUGCAACUCUCAAUAUAUGUAUGGCGAUCGUUUGGUCCAGGUCACAGUUGGCAACUCAGUGUUCAGCACCACGACCAAGCUUCAGGCCACCCUUCUCAAUCAAACACAAGUGACAUUCACCAACAACGCACCAGUGAUCACAUCACUCCGUCCAAGUCAAAGCCAGGCUGGAGACGUGAUACAAGUGAUUGGAAGUGGUUUGAUUGGAUCUGAUCUAUCACAAGCAUACUCAUUGAUAGAGUCUAGCAAGGUAGCCACACUUGGUGACUCAUUCUCAACCGAGGCCACUGUCCAAGUGCCCCUCUACUCACAGUACGCCAGCAGUCCACUGUUGAUGCAGGUUGAGAACACCGUGAGCAACAUAAUCACAUUCAAUCUUCGUGCUCCAUCAAUCACAUCAUUCACACCCAAUCAGUUGCCAACCACUGGUGGUGUGUUAUUGAUCACUGGAUCAGGAUUUGGAAUGGUUCCAGAGGCAUUGGACUUUGUUCAUCUUGGUCCAUACUCAUUGAUCUGCACGCCAUUCUUGAAAUUCAUUGAAUGUACCGUGCCACCUGGUGUAGGAGCAUCCCUCACACUGACUGUCUCUGUGUCUGGACAGACUGCCACGACCACCUCAACAUUCUCAUUCAACGCGCCAACCAUCACCAAUGUCCAAGUCAACGUUGCCGACUCCAUUCUGAUGAUUGAUGGCAGCAACUUUAUCCAACCUCCAACGACAGUAUCAUCUCAGGACACGUUUGUGACGCUCACAUCAUCAGUGUUGGGAGAGACACUCACAUGCACAUCACCCAACUUUGUCAGCCAGUCACAGAUCACUUGCACUGUCAACAACUUUAUCGACCUGUCCACUGUCCAAGUGAGCAUUGGUGGACAAUUGUCCAAUGUGUGGACGCUCACCACAUCACUCCAAGGCACCAUAAUCAUUGUGGACAACACAAAUACUCAGGUUGGAACAGUCAGUGACGUCAACUUGGUGUUGACUAAGUCCGGCUCCAGCACGCCACUCACUACGACAUCCUCGUCAUCUGGCUCAUACUCAUUCCCCAACAUUCUCCCAGGCACAUACACCAUGACCAUAACAAGCAACAAUCCGUCAAUCAUGCUACCAUUGACUACUAUAAACGUUGUAGUACAGGUGCCUUCAACAACCAAGAAUAUCUACGGAUUGAACAAGGUAUCUGACUGCAAUGGUGUGUUGAACUCUGGCUCAAACACUCUCAAUGUUCAACUUGGAACACUCUAUCUCGAUGACUUUGGAUGGUGCUCAUCCACAGGUAGUUGCGCGAUGAAGGUCAGCAGUGAGACAUUGCCACAAGGAUGCGUGGCAACAUACCUUCCCAACAAUGUCGUGACGAUCACAGCACGAUUAGUGGCCAAUGUCAAGGUGUACCUCGACUCACAGAUCACUGGUGUUGCCUCUGCCACACCAUACACCAACGUUCAAGUUGUUGCCAACCAGGUGACAUACGCUGUAGACGCGACCACUGGCAUUGCCGCAGUCACACUACCAUUGGGCAACUCAAUGAUCCACAUCAAGACAUUGGACAACAACUUCAUAUCGUUGAUCAAUGAUGUUACAGUAUCGAUGAGUUUGGCCACACCAGUGAUCGAUCUGAGCUUUGGAGUCUAUGAGUACAAGUGGUACGCAACACAUCCACCAGUCGUAUUCACUCGUCCACAGAGCACCAGUACACUAUCACUACCAAUUGGCUCAUGGUUGGAGAGCUUCCUCAACAACCUCGGAUGGUCUGCCAAGACAAUCAUCAGUGACGUCCCGCCUCCAAUGUAUGACAUUGAGGUCUACAGAGGAUCACAACCAUUCAUCAACAUAGUUGACUUGUACAUGUUUAGCAAUCUUCCAAGCAAGAUGGUAUGUCGUGGACAGACCAUUAGCGUGCCCAAUCGCUACCCUGUUAAUCCACCCACUAUCCACCUGUCAGUCCCAGACAAAUCAGUGAUAGUAGGCUGCUCAGUGGAUGCUGGUGGGCUGACUCUUAGUUGCAGAUUCCCUGGUCCAUUGGACACCACAUCACAGGAACAUGAGAUAAUGUUGAUAUGGAGAGGUCGUAUACCAGUCUUGUCCAGAAACUACUAUUACUCAUAUACCAGGUCAUCUAUCCAAGGUCAAGUGUACGUCGACGCCAAUACGAAUGGAGUGUAUGACUCGGGUGAGACACUGCUCCAAGGUGUGCCUGUGACUCUUAACCCACUGAACUUGAAGACCACCACCUCCAACACCGGUGUCUAUGAGUUCAACUAUGAUGCUGGCACAACACCAGUCACAUCCUUCAGCAUCAGUGUUGACAUGAGCGCAUUCACUCAAUACUAUGAUCCACUGUCCUCUCAUGGAUUGUCAAGUACUGCAUGUGGCACAACUCUCAACAUUCCAGUGUUGAACACUGGUCCCUCAGCAUGCCAGGUCACACUCAAGUCUGGCACCAACACGCUCUCGAUCCGCACGCCACUGAUCGACCUCACGCCAUAUGGCUGGUGCGCCACAGGUGGUACAUGCUCCAACCCAAUCACAUCGAUUGACAACCCAUCAACAUGUGCGCCAUCACUCGCCACCAACAACAUGUUCUCGCUCAUACCCGGCACACCCUACUCAUUCAAGUUCAUAACUGAUCAGUUCUUGACUGGAAACGCCGCCAACACGCUGCCAGCAUUGGAUGUCACGUCCAACAUCAAGAUCACAAUAUCCACCACCACGCCCUCGCCCGCCAACGUCAAGUACUCAUUCAUCUACUCGCCCAUCGGCAACACACUCAAUUUCAACCUGCCAGUUGGAUCCACCGUGGUCUCGAUCGUCUCGCUUGUCCCAUCACUCGUCCCCCUGCUCAAUGAUGCCCGCAUCUCAGUUGAUACUGCCGCACAGCCAGUUGUAGAGCUACCACUCCGCUUCUACACAUGGGACUACGAUGCCAACCACGGCCCUGCCAAGCUAUAUGAAAACAAGCUAUACGAAGGCCAAUACCUCGCCUUGCCAUUGGGCCCUAUCGACAGCAGGGCGAUCACCAAUCUACUUGGCACAAUUGAUGGAGCGAUCAGACUACCGCCUGGUGUGAGGAUCAGCAUGUCUUCAUCCUGCAACUCUGGUGGAUACUAUGGAUUCCCCGUCAUGUAUGACAUUGGAGGCGACGUCAACCUUUUCCGUGAAAAGUUCUGCGCCAAACCCUUUGACGUAUUCUACUACUAUACGAUGGACCUCACUGAUGCCAAUAUGUUUGACAAUGUACAACCAUCAUGUCUUGGAUCCACUUUUAUCCUCCCCAACCGUUACAUCAACUAUGUCCCUGAGCUAAAACUUGAUGGUUACUCUGGACCCACUGUACCAUGUAUUCCUGACGCUACUGGCAAGACCUUAACAUGCACAUUUGCACCAAACAUUGGCAGCCACAGUGCGAACAUUCAUUUGAAUGGCGAUUCACUCUACAAAUUCUACCACUUCUCUUAUCCUGACGUCACAAUGAAGGGAUCAGCCUUCCUUGAUCUGAACCAGAACAACAAACAGGAUGCAGGCGAGCCAUUUUACACUGAGAAGAUUGGAGUUAAUAUCUUGACUACUAGCGUGAACAGGACUUGGGUGUUCCCCGCAGGAUUCGUCCAACUCAGUCUCGGAACAGUGUAUACACUCAGCAUUCUCAACUCAUCAUUCCCAGUGACACUGUCUGGCUAUGCUGGAACAUACAUCGCAUCACAACCAGUCCGUCAAGUAUACAUCACUCGUGCGAUGGGAUGUUCGGCCACGAUCCCAGUGGCACUGGUAAAGGUGUCAAGCAAUGGAUGUUUGAGCAAGUUGAGUUCAGGCACAUCCAAUGUACUCCAAGUUCAAUAUGGCGCCACCAACUUGUCACAAUAUGGAUGGUGUCCAUCACAACAAAAGUGUGACUAUCCCAUCACCGACUCAAUCGUUCCAACACAUUGCACUCAAUCAUUCACAUCAUCCAGUGUGAUCAACAUUGGAUACAACUGUCGCUUCAGGAACUUUGACUAUUCAUCACUCUCUGGUGUCACAUACUCUAUCAAUGAAUAUUCGAAUGUGAUAUAUUACUAUUCAUUGUGCGGUCCAACACCAACCCAGUGUGCAGGAUUGUCCACUACCAAGGACAUCAGUUUGUGCCAGCUCCACCUAGCUGAUUACUAUCCAGUUGGUCAACAAAGUGCCAACACUUGGGAUAUCAAUCGAUCAGGAUACAAGUUGACAACCAGUGCCAAGAGUAAUAUCAAUAUUACAAGACAGGGUUUGGUUAGUGUAGCAUGUGGACCAACUACUAAAGUGACAAAGGCAGCUGAGCCAGUUGGACUUUCAUAUGUCAUCAACAUGGAGUCACCAUUGGCUUGCGCACCAAGUGUAUCAUGCGAGUACAAUGGACUUAGAUUCUACGAUCUGUCAAAUACCACCCUCACUAUCAAUGACGUCAAGGAAAAGACAUAUAACUACACUUUCUCAAUCUGUUAUAACCCUUCUUUUAGAUGUGGAACAAUAUUGGGAAGCCAAGUGGCCUCAUGUCAGCUGGUCAGUCAAUCAUCCAGCGGAACCGUUUAUGUUGGCAAUGGAGAUUGGUCCAAUGCUGUUUGGAGCAGUCCAGAGAAAGACAACUAUGUUGGUGCCAAGCUUACGUAUGACUCUCCAAACGAUAUGUGUGGAACACUCAAGAGGAAUACUAAGAUUCAUUUGAUGUGUGGUCCAGACACAACAUAUAGUGUAGUGCUUGGAUAUGAGAAUCCAGCUGCACGUUGCAACUAUGACAUGUACGUGUCCACCAAGUUGGCAUGUCCAGUUGUUGUACCAAACUGUCAAUUCAAUGGAAUGGACUUCUCAUCGAUUGCCAAGACUGAGUUCACCACAACCAUACCUGUCAAGUCAUAUCAUCAAGUUUGUGGCACGCCUCCAACAUGCAUCAAGAACCUCCUUGGACCAUUCUCAUCAUGUACCAACUCUGGCACACAAUGGACUGCCACUGGAACACUAUCCACAGGACAAUGGUCAUUGAGUAAUGUUGUGAAUGGCGUCAUGGUCAACUACAAGACUACUGCUGCUUCAUGUCCAAACCAAGUGAGAGACACAUCGAUCCAUUUGGUGUGCGACACAACAACAAGCACCAAAUCAAUCUCUCAACCCUCAACGUGCCACAUUGAUAUCGUAAUGGGAUCACCCUUGGCAUGUCCCAAGCCAGCUCCAAACUGUCAAUUCAGCACCUAUGACUUCUCAAUGCUCGCCUCUACAACCUUCACUCAAUCAGGAAAGGACUUGGCAGGAACAACAGUUCCAUUCAACUUUAGAGUGUGUGGACAAGCAUAUGGAUGUGUGAACACAACUGGUGCAUCAGUUUGUGUUGGAAAAGGUACAGCUUGGAUUGAUGGAGGACAAGAGAUAUCAGGCACCUGGUCAAAGAAUGCUGGAACCAACACCAUCGAUCUCAAAUACACUGGUGAGUACAAUACUGAUUGUCCAAACUACUAUCCAACAACUACCAUCCAUUUCAAAUGUGGAACUGGUGCAACAGUGGCAACCAAUGCCAUCGAGACAUCCAAGUGCCAGUAUGACAUUCAAAUGUCAACUCCAAUAGUAUGCUAG